AUGGAAGUCUUACAGUUAUGGCGUGCUCCAUUAUGUCCUCAUGCUCCUGAAAUUAAGAAAGAAGCAAAUGAGACUGAGGAAGCUUCUAGACAUGCAGAUGUUGUCAUGAAAGAUACUUUUGCUCAGCUGGAUCGAGGCAAGCAAGUUGUUUCUGAAGAGCAACAGAAAGCUCAAGAUUGGAUACAAUUUCAGAACAGGAUUAUUAGUAGAUCAUCAACAAACAUAAAAGAAAUAGUGAGAUAUUCCAGUGUGUCCAUUGUUGAUGAAGUUAAUAAUGAUGAUGUUGAUAAUCUUGAAGAAAUUAAUAAUGAUGAUAAUAAUGUUGAUUAUGAUAUAUUUGAUCCAAGAAAUUGGGAUCGUCUUCAACCUAAAAUGGUUGAUUUAUUAGUUGCGAAAGGUCCUAAAGGAGAUAAUUCUAUUGUGAAAGGUCCUAGAGAUAGUUUGAAUAGACGCUUUAUGACUAAUUUGUAUACUAGAACUUUAGCAAAUGGAGAGAUGUGUGAUAGAGAUUGGCUUAUUUAUUCGAAAGAGCUUGAUAGAUUAUUUUGUUUUUGCUGUAAAGUUUUUAAAAAUGGGAUUUCUAGGGGACAAUUAGCAAAUGAGGGUUAUAGUGAUUGGGUACAUGUUGGUGCAAGAAUUAAAGAGCACGAGUUAGGUAUGGAACAUGUUAAAAAUAUGACUAUUUGGUAUGAGUAUCGUCAAAGGCUGCAAAAAUUUCAAACUAUUGAUAAAGCGACUCAAAGAUUAAUUGAGAAAGAAAAGAAUCAUUGGAAAAAUGUUUUAAAAAGAGUUAUUUCAAUAGUGAAGUUUAUUGCUAAACAUAAUUUGGCCUUUCGUGGUUCUAAGGAGAAAUUGUACGAAGAUAGCAAUGACAAUUUUUUGGGUUUGAUUGAAAUGUUAGCUGAAUUUGACCCAAUCAUCCAAGAACAUGUUAGACGUGUUGCAACUCAAAAAAUUCACAUUCAUUAUCUUGGAAAUAAAAUACAAAAUGACUUGAUUUCAUUGCUUGGUUCUGCGAUUAAAAUUGAAAUCAUUAGAAAAAUUAAACAGGCAAAGUAUUUCUCAGUGAUACUUGAUUGUACUCCUGAUAUUAGUCACCAAGAGCAGAUGUCUUUGAUAAUAAGAUAUGUGGAUAUUUCUUCAGCUUCUAUUAGUAUUGAGGAAUCAUUUUUAGGAUUUUUGAAUGUGAAUGAUACAACUGAUAAAUGGCUUUUUGAUGUUUUACAAAAUGAAUUGAAAGAACUUGGUCUCGACCUAUUUGAUGUGAGAAGGCAAGGUUAUGAUAAUGGGUCAAAUAUGAAAGGAAAACAUCAAGGUGUACAAAAGAGAUUUUUAGAUAGGAAUCUGAGAGCCUUUUAUACUCCUUGUGGUUGUCAUAGUCUUAAUUUGAUAUUGUGUGAUAUGGCUAACUCUUGUAAUAAAGCUAGGAUUUUUUUUGGAGUUAUUCAACGCAUUUAUACAAUUUUUGCCAAUUCUACUAAGAAAUGGAAAAUUUUGAAAGAUAAUGUAAAGGGGUUGACACCAAAAUUAUUGUCAUCCACUCGUUGGGAGAGUCGUGUAGAAAGUGUCAAAGCUAUAAGAACUCAAAUGUUAGAUUUUACAGAAGUUUUACUUGAAGUGUCAGAAAAUGAUCUUGAUCUUAAAAUACAAAAUGAAGCUAAAUCCCUAGCAACAAAUAAGCUUGAUGAUUUUGAGUUUUUGAUGGCCAUAAUUAUUUGGUUUGAAAUAUUAUUUGCAAUUAAUUCUGUUAGCAAGCUUUUACAGAAAAAAAAUAUGCUUAUUGAUGUUGCUAUGAAAAACAUAAAGGGGUUGAUUUUAUAUUUUGAGGAAUAUAAAGAAACAGAUUUUUAUAAGGCAUUGGUUAACGCUAAAGGAAAUUGCGAUGGAAUUGAAUAUUGCCCCAACAUUUCCUCAAAGGCGUAUAAUUAA